AUGGCGACGCCGGCCUCCAUAACUGGCAGCGUAAUUGGUUCGAAUUUAUUUGAGAGUAUUUAAAAAAAAUCGGAAGAAUCAAAUAGAAAAUAUUCAGAAAAAAUGCGAGAAAAUAUCAAAAAUUCAGAGAAAAAUGAUUCAAUAAGGCAUUUUUCUCAAAUUUCCCACACAGAUUCGUAAGAGCGUCCCAGAUCGGUGUAAUUUUAAACUUUGCUCUAAAUCUGCUUACCUGGAAAAUUUUAUAUUCUUUUAAAAGACCCAACUUUGAACAGAGUAUACUCGGAAACAUCGGGAAUUUAUGAAAAAAAAUUUGAGAAAAAAAUCGGGAAAUUUUUCAUUUAUUAUUAUUCAAAAAAAGAUUUCCAGAUGAAAAAAAUUGGAUAGCUGAAUAUUUUUUUCAAAAUCAAAAACCUUUUUAAUCAUUUUUUUCUUCCAAGUUUCUGAAAGAUAUUGAGCUCAAAAAAUUAUCUUUCUUAAAAGGGACGACAAGCUCACCAUCAGAAGAAGCUUUCUGUGUGUACCUUUUUAUAGACGUACCAAUUUUUUUUUUCUUUUUCGAGCUUCUGGAUUUUAUUCUGUCUUUGCGAAAAAAAUGUCGGUAUAGGCUCAUCUUAACUAUUAGAAACCGGUCUGAUUUCAUGAUCGAUUCAAAAAAAAGGUUCUAGUCCCAUAAGUUGAAACCUUUUUUUUUUUGAAGCAACGCCAGAAAAACCGAAAACGGAACGGGAAAAGACGCACAAGUCUCUGUCGAGACCGCUAUUUCUGCAUCAAUCAGAGCUGUUUGUUAUUUUUCUUCUUCUUCUUGGAUAAAAUGGAUUGAAAAGAACUCGAUUAAGCUGAAAUUUUCUUUUCGGUAGGUAUAGAAACUUUUUUGAGCUGAAGACUUUUGGCAAAUCCUGGGAAGGUAACCAGCAGGUGUUUGAAAGGUGUAUGGAAGCAAGAAGGUCUUAGGAAAGACUUUGGAAGGUGUUUGGAAGGCGAAGAGGGAAAAUACCUUGCUGGAAAGCUUCUGGAAGGCCUCUGGCCUUUUUUUCUGAGUAGAAAGUGUUGGGAAGCGUUCCUGGAUAGCUUCCAAACGCCUUCCGAGGAAGCAGAAGCCAACUUUUACCUGAGUUUUUGAAAUUUUCAAUCAUUCUGGAGUUUCUUCAAGCUUCCAGGAUUUUCAGAUACUAUAUAAAUUAUCAGAUACUUCAUAAAAAAUAUAAUUGUUUCAGAUCGAUGGACGUGACUCAACAGCCGUCGGAGGGCGAAAAUGAGCGGCAAGGCUUCGUCACUAUCCAAGUGAGAUUCAGAAACAUUUCAAACAUCUGAAAUAAUAUUAUUUAUCUUUUUAAGACGAGUCUUUUGUACUUAGGCAUGUUUGAGCAAUGUAUAUUCUAUCAAUUUACGUAAAAAUAUCAAAAUAAAAAUAGGGGGCGCAAAGCCCCGCCCCUUCCCGCCACCAAAAAGACGAUUUUUUUGUUGCAAAAACGGUUUUGAGGCGUUUAUACUAGCUAAAGUCCCACUUUAAAAAUGAACUGUUUCUGUUAACCUAUGUAAUCGACAACGCUCUACAGGGCUGAAUAUUUUUUUAAAACUAUGUAUUUUUUUCAAAAAAAUAAGCGAAAAAGUAAGAUUUAACUCGAAAAAAACUGAGAAGUUUCACAAAAUCGUCGCGUUUCAGAAAACCAAGUGAGGAUCGCUUCCAAAUUUUGAGUAUGUUACUUAUUAACACUUUCUUUAUUUUUUUCGAGUAAAAAAAUUUCAAAAAAAUCUAACGACGCGAAAAAAUCGAAGCUUGUAAAGUGACACCAAACUUUGAAGCUGAAAUGCGAAAAAAAAUUUCAGCGACAUGGUAUACUUUUUUAUUUGAUUUUAAAAACUCACAAUGUGUUCAAAAAAAUAAAAAAAUUCAGAAUGAAAAAUAAUUAUUGGGACAGCGAAUCAAAUUAUAUUUGGAUUUUACCAAAACCUCCUUUUUUUCGCCUGCCUCGUUGACGCAUGAGAGAAUAGGAUCGCGUCUAUACUUUUGAUUAUAUUAUUAAGCGUUCAAAACUCUAUCAAUGAAAAAAUUAUGAAAAAAAUCUAACGACGCGAAAAAAAUAACGGCUUGGAAAACCUCGAAAAAAUGGCAAUUUUUUUUGAAAUUUCGCAAGAUUUCUUGCAAGUGUCCGUAGCAGUGUUUGCGUCAAACACACCGAUGCGCCCUUUUAAAUGUUGCAGGAGCCGUUUUUUUCGGAGUCAAAUUGCACUUUUUUUCCUGUUUUUAUUUCGAAAUAACAUUAUUUUUUUCAUUUUUUUCUAUCUUUCAAAUCGAAUGAUAAUAAUUUUUUUCUGAGUAGAAAAAAAGAAAAAAAUAAGCUGAAAAAAAUCCCUUUGACCUUUUUUUCUAAGUAGUUUUUGAUAUUUUAUCAAAAAAAUUCUUAUGAGAGUUAUACAAAAAGAAUUAUACCAAAACAUUGAGCUCAGUUCGGACAACCUCUCAGAACAGAAAACCGAUUCGAAAACGGUUCAGAAACGCGUAAAAACAUUUAAAAAGAAAGCGUGCGGCAGCGGGUAAACCGUGAGAUUUUGCCUCCAGUUGUACGCCGCGCGCGCUCGUUUUUUGGCCAUAACUUUUUUCUUAGCGGACCUUUUUUCAAAAACUAAACGGAUUAUGAAAAUGGACAGUCUCCUCUAUCGAACAAUGUGAAAAACAUAUUUUUUGAAUCGUUCUGAAGAAAUGGCUUGCGGACCCUAAAUAAAAACAAGAAAAACUACAAAUUUUGAGAGCUCCUUUGGAAAAUGACGAGGGAUAUAGAAGCUUGAAAAAAACUUUAUUGAAAAAAAUGUAUUGAAAAAAAUAAUUUUUUUCUAAUGGUGCCAUUUCUGAAAAAAACGGUACCAUUUCGAGAAGAAUUUUCAGAAUAUUUCCCUUUCGAUUUUUUUAUUGAUCGAUUUCAAAGAGAAAAGGUUGACAAAUUUUAAUGUCGAGGACAAUUUUUAGAGGGAAAAGGGAUGAUUUUUCAAAAGCCUUUUACCAUAUCUUAAAGCUAAUUUUUUCGAGACCACUUCUUUGGGAGAAAUGAAGCUUUUCAAAAUGAAAGCCUACCGAAAAUCAGCUUUUCCCUAAAUUUCAAGCCUUUUUUCUAUUUUUAUUGUACAACGGGUGACUCCUGAUGCUUCUACUGAUUUUUAAACCGAUCAAAAUCAAAACAAGACUUUAGACGAUGCCAAAAAUGCAGCCCGACUGUGACGAUUGGAACGUUCAACGCGAGAAAGUCGGCAAGAUUUGCCUCAUCGUCGAUGUAUGUCCCUUUCAGUAGACACCAUUAAUCAAUUAAUUAAGGCGGUAAUUAUGGUGACUCUCCUUUGCGAGGUGGCGAUCCUAUCGCUCAACGACGAAGUCAGAGAUCUUUUCGUGGCUUUCAUUUUGGACUGGCUCUGGUUGCCCGUCUGUUGCAUGUUCUGCAUUAGUGUGAGCGGCUCUUUUGUAGGAAAUGCAAGUGCGCUCCAGCAAACAGAAUCUCUGCUUAAGGACUCCAUAGUAUGGAGGCAAGGGCCCCCUCUAGGGACCACUUUACCAAACCCUUUAGGUGCUACAAAAGCUUGCGAAAGUGUUCCCUAUAGGGGACAUUUUUUGAAUGAAAUUGAAAGAUCCCUAUAGGGGCCACUUGAGCUUUAGAGUGGUCAGACCCUACUGAGAAACUUUUGAGGGGUCCUUAAGAUUUUUACCCCUAUAGGGGUCCCUAGAACAACGAACCCCUAUAAUGACCCCUCAAAAAUUUCUCAAACCCCUAUCGUGACCAUCUUGGCCCCUAUAGGGACUGUUUUGCUGAUUCACGGCCAGCUUAGGACUCCAAAGGGGCGUGGCCUGUCUGCGCUCUCCACCAACUGAACACUGUCUCUUUUCUUAUCGUGUCAGGACCCUUUUCGAUGAGCCAGACGUGAAUAAACUAGGAAGUUGCUGGGACCUCGUUCACGCAAAUCUGAACGCUUCUGAGCACUUCUAGUGAUCACUUAAGGGUACUGAAGCCACUAAAGGUAUCACUAGAAACGCGAGAAAGAACGGCCGGGCGGAAAGUUGAAAGUAGCCAAUUUUGGAAAAAUUGGAUGAUCCUUUCCCCCAUUUUUUUGCGAAAAUUUGCCACUUCCAGAUCAUCUUGAAUGCGGUCGCUAUCAGCCUUUUUCUACUAUCGACCCCUUGGAAAUGGAUAAUUCAUGUUUAUGUCUUGGUACGUUCCUAUUUAUUUUAUAGUCCAUUCUUAGGCACGACUCUGAGAUUUUCAGGCGGCCGAAUUGGCGACAAACACAAUACUUGCAGUCGUCAUCACACCCGCCUAUUUCGGGGAUGUUUUAAGUAGGUUACAGUGGCUGAUGGUCGCAUUUGGAAUGGCUCAAGCUUUUUGCCAGACUUUCCGAUGACCAUGAGCGAGAGUCGUUUUUGGUCGGGCGCACCUCAAAAAGCCAUUCUCGGGAUAAAAACGCAAAAAAAGCCCAUUUUCCAGGUGAUGGCAAGGAAUCGAAGGUUUCACAGCAAAAACACAGCGUUUGGCUCAUUUUCAGCCUUUUCUUCUAUCUUCACCUUUUUGCGACGAUUGGUUUUUCUGGUCGAAAAACAGAUCUUUCAAUUGAUUUUCCAGCAAUGAUACCGCUCGUCAUUAUGUCCUUUAUGAUCAGCGGUUCGAAGCCGAAAAGCUGAGAGGACAAAAAAAUCGACUUUUCUUCUCUUGUUGGAAUAAAAUCUAGUUUGGCUGAUUUGUUGAUUGAAUUUUAGGUAAGAAAGUUGGCAAAAAUAUUGAAUUUCAAGUCUUCGACGUUAUUAAUUUCUUCUCUGAAGAUUCAUUGCUUGAAAAACUUCUAAAUUGGGCUUAAUUUAACAAGGAAGGGAAGCGAAACCUCAAAAGUUCUUUUUUUUUCAGAAAUUGGAAGUUAUAGUGUACGAUUCCUCCUGGGAGACUUUUGGCAAAAAGAAAUUUCUUCAAAAAAAUUCGAACCCGGGUCAUAGACACCGCAGCGCGAGGACUCUAGCCACUUCGCCACGCUGCCAACUGGUGUAGAGGGCUCGUACGCGAGUCACAUACCCUCCUCUACAGAAUUUUUGCAAAGUGCAGUGCCUAUGGCGGCAUUCUGCAAAAAAGCUUCAUGCAUUUUGCAAAUCAGUGCUUUGCAUUUUGCCCAGAAGAACCUCGCAUUUUGCAUUUCUUUUUGGGCUCACUUUUGUACAGACGAAAAAAAGUUCAAAAUGCAAGGUACUUCUGUGCAAAGUGCAUGAAGCUUUUUUGCAGAAUGCCGCUAUAGGCACUGCACUUUGCAAAAACUCUGUAGAGUCUCGCCUUGCAGCUCUUAUUUAGAGGGCAAACUUUGAAGCUCCAUAACUCGAAAACGAGAUCUAGAAACUUGUUUCGUGUUCUGGAAAGAGGAGGUCUUAUAGUACAUUCCAGCAAAGUUCAAUCAAAAGUUCAACCGGCCACCAAAAACAUUUCCCUUGUGAGAUUGUACAGGUACCGUUUGUAUAAAUUUGUCUUAUAGAAAAUCUUAAAGCUUCGAGGAUAUACAGGGUGCGCAAUAAAUAUUGAAACCGUUUUUUGUUUGAUCGCUGCUUUUUGCACAAUGGACUGGCCUUUGAACUUUUCUGUUUAUUUCGUUUAUUCAUGCUCACUUAUCAUGUGUUUGAAGUUACAGCUCACACUUUUCAGUUUUCAGGUAAUGGUGGCCCCAUCUCCGUACCGUACCGCAAUCAUUGAUUGUGUCAAAAACGGAAUGACGAAUUCAGAGAUCAUUAAAAAGCUGAAAGUGUCUCGUGUUCUCGUUUUUCGAACUGCAAAACGCUAUCGGCGUCUCGGUACUUCAGAUGACAUGCAAAGAAGUGUAUAGGUUCUUUCGAAAAAAAAAAUAUUUUCCUCAUUUUUGAAAGUUUCCAACAGCUAAACAUAUAAAGAAGAAGGAUUGUCACUUCAAAAAAGUCAAAAUUUCGCCUGAAGUCGAGUUUUCAGCUCUACGGGUAUAGUCUGUGUGCUACGACUUGAUAUUUCACCGAACGACAUUCCGCUGCGUACGGUCGCAAAGCGUCUUUGCCUUUGCAGAUCUAGGUCACCCUUCCAGACUAUUUUUAUUGCUGAUAUGAUCGUUCCACUGCGAGUAUUUGAAUGAAAGAAAAAAUUGAAAGCGCGACCGAGAUUCGCAAAGGCGCCCGGUGGAACAGCGGAAUCUCGUUCGGUGAAAUUCCAAGCCGUGGUACACAAACUAUACUCAUUCAAUGAAAAUGUAUUCUGUUCUCAAUUCCAACAAAAUAAAAAUGAAUAUAACCGUGAAGACCUUGAAAAGUAUAAUUCAUUUUACUUUAUUUACUGGGAUGAAUCUGUUUGAUCGUUUGAAGGAGGUUCUUUUUGAGCUCGUUAAGAAAAUAAUUUGAUUAUCAGAGAUUCGCAUCAAUUGAAGAGGCGCCAUCCGCCGAGCGAACAACCAAUGAAGUCGUGAGUUUGAAAAAAUAAUAUGUGAUUCAAUAUUUUGAAAAAAGGUUCGCUUGGUUCACAAGAGAGAACGAGAUGACGUCGAGUUGCACGGGAGAAUGCGGACGAUCGACGACAUUUGGAAUAUUUUUGGUGAGAAAAAUUAUAGAAGUAAUGAGAUUUCUGUAUGGCUCGCUGAAGCUAGCGGCUUCGAAAAAUAAAAAAAAGUUUCACUGAAAAAGUAAUUUUUGAAACGAACGUUUUUAAUCAUGAAAUUUCGAUAUAUUCAUCAUAAUCCGUGAAAAAAAAUAAUGGCAAAAAAAAGUAUGCGGCAGAAGGAUUCGAACACUCAUCAUAGGCUCCGCAGGCUGACACGCUAGCCACUGCACCACGCUACCAACUGUCAUUCAAGGGCUUGUUUCGCGCACACAUUCCUUCCAAACGGUGUCUUAAAUGGAAAAAAAAUAAAAAAAAUCAUAUCUCCAAUACAAAAAGUUUGCGCAUAUAGCGAUUUCCCAGUCCAUCAAAGAUUGUUUGAGCAAAUUUAUAGACAAGAUGCUUGAAAAUAUUCUGUGAUUGCGCUCAAAUGCUUCAAGAUCUAAUUUUAGGGGUAUAAAAAGAUCCUCUUUUGUACAGGAAGGCAUCUGACACAGGAUACUUAUGACGCGCACCUGUAUACUGACCAUAUAAAAAAAUUUUGUCGAAAGUUUUGUUCAAAUUAGUGAAUUUCAAAAUUUAGAGCGCUUUUUUUAUUCCAACUUCGAAAAUUCCUCAUUUUUUCGAAGGUAAAAAAUGGCAAAAAUUAACAGUACCAAAAAAGAUUCGAACCUGCGUGAUAGGUUCCAUAGUGCAAGGCCGCUAGCCACUACACCACGCCGCCUGCUACUGUAACAAAAGUUGCGGUGCACCCCGCGUUGAACUCUCCUGUACACCCCGCAGUGUAACCAGGGGUGCACCGAAAAGUCCAACGCGGGGUGCACCGAAUCCUCAUUUUUUCAAUUUUUGCUUCUUGCACUUUUAAAAUACCUUUAUACUUCUAUAUCCCAUAUAUAUCAUCAAUUGAGACCACGUUUCAAUUUAUAUGUUUUAUUAAAUGAUAUAUCACAUAAUAAGACAAUGAAACAAAAUAAAACAAAAAAAAAUUACAGCGAAUAAAUAGGGUAUUUGAAAAAUAUUCGAAGAUAGACAAUUUCAUUUACAAGAUUUAUAAAGAAAAAUAACAACGUUUACAAAAUGUGAGAAAGAAAAAAGGUCUCUAGAGCUGUUUUCUGCGCCUUCUCCCCUUUUUUCUAAGCAUCUAGCCAACUUUAGACCAAAAUCGUGAGAGCAUGUUAAAAAAGUAGACAUAAAUCGAAAAAAUUGAUAGAAACUGAAAAUUAAAUCAGGAGAAAGAAAUUGAAUAAUAAGAGAAUACAACAGAAAGAGUGGAUAGUACUGAAGAAAAUUAGGCAAAAAACAGAACAGGCUUCAUAACACUUACAAAGUUGACUGGUAAUAUUUAACACAUGAUUUCCGAGAAAUUUUAUGAACUGGGAAAUUAAUUGGUACAAUAAUUUUGAAAAUUAUGAUUUUUUGAGCAUAAAUUCAUAUCACAUACUAUUAAACCUUUUUUAUUUCAGGCACCGAAACGCUCCGCACACUUUUAGAGCUACUAAGACAAAAUUACUGUAAGAAGCUAACUUUUUUCCUCGUAAAGCGUUUCGCUUCUAAAAUGUCCUUUGGAAACAUCAAUUGUGUUGGCAAAAUGACGACUUCCGCAGUUGUUAUAGCUCUAUAAAAACCGGGACCUCAGAUGGCCUUGAUUUUUAUACACUAAAUUUUUAUACGGAGCUUUUCGGUACUUGUUUACAUGAGUUUAAAAAUUUGCAUAGUAUCUUUGAUAUGAACUUCAGCUAAAAAAAUCUUUUAAAAUUAUUUGCAUCAAAAUUAUCACCAACGUAUAUUCGAAAAUUUCGGAGAACGUGUGUUCAAAUUUUUUUUAAAAACAUUGUCAGUAUGUUUUCUCUUUUUUUCGAACGAUACUUAAAGAUGAAAAUUAUUUUCAUAGCGAGCUAGAUGUGAAUAAAAACGUUGGAAAAGCUGAAAAAGGAUAAGUUGUCCAAUUUGAUCUUUUGACUUGUGCCAACUUCACUUUAAGCCUUCUCUAAACAUAUUCACUAAGAAUAACUGCCAAGAUAAACGCGAUACGCUGGCGGUUAUCGACAAACUCGCAAAAAUGUCGCAUUUUUCUCGGCGCGACCUUGCAUUUCGAACAUUUUCAAAUUGCGAGAGAAAUGCGACCUCGCGCCCAGAAAAAUGCGAAACCGGCGAGAGAGUAGAACCUAGUGUUUGCGAGUUCGCCAAUGUUGAUUCCAAAUGUGUUCUCAAAAACUGUCGCGGAUGUCUGGAAAAAAGUUACGGACCCUCAAAGCGGAUAAUUUUACUGUCUCCGCUUGAGCUUAUUCUUGGAGGACAUAUAGAUCUUGACCCUCUGGUCUCAAAAAAGCUUUUAUUUUCGAAAAAAAAAACUUUGGGCGUAUUCUAAAGCUCCGCACAUGAUAAGAGAAUGCGCGCGGCGCGGUUUUCUCAUAUCUGGGCUUCAAAACUUUUUGAAAAAAACAGUAAUUGGUUUUAUGUUGUCAAAGGGACAAGAUCUAUAACCUCCAAAAAUGAGCGCAAUCGGAGAAAAUGAAGUUUUCGACUUUUGAGGGUACAUAACUUUUUUCCCAAAUUUCCGCGGCCGUUUUCGAAACCAGAUUUUUAAUAAGCGUGAAAAACUAUGCCUAGAAAACUUGGUCUCAUUCCGAUGCCCCACUGCGACUAGAGACUAUUCCCUGGUAUAUUUCGACGAAAUUCGCGAAGAUUACUAGCAUAGUCAGUUCAAAAUGAAUCAAUUAUUUUUUUCAAACUACGCGCUCUUAAAAAAAUUUAAUUUUUUUCGUCUUAGCUAAAAAAAGGACAAACUCUUCCAAUGUCAACUAUUCAAACUUUUCAUCAGCUAUUAAAGAACAAAAAAAAAGAAGAAAAAAGUAACGGCUAAGUUACUCUGCUCCCCUUAUUCGACUGCAGUCCUUCUGUUUGUUAUGAAUCAGGAUCAAGUCGUACGGCUAUCUGAAAUAUUACAAAACUAAAAUGCAAAGCUUUAAAAAAAUUACCUUCAUAUUAUAUGCGUUUUUCUCUCUUCCUUGAUGGUCAUAAAUUUAUUCUCUUCAAAUGAACCUGAAACGCAUUUUUUUUCACAAAUAGUCGCGAAAAGUUAGCGAAACCAAUAAAGUUUAAAAAAAUAUUUACUUUUUAAGAACGAACCGUUUUUUUAACUAAAAUCUACAAUAGUUUUUUUAAUUUUUGAUAGUUUCUCAAAAAAAUUGCUUGCUGGACUCGAAAAAAAUUGAAAAAAAUAUGUCGAGGCAAAAAAAUAAUUUUGGCUUUGCAAGAUUUCUGCAUAUUUGAAAGACUCAAAAAAAGCAUUUUUCCAGCGAACUAUUUUUGCGAAAUCAAUGCGCAAGCCUUGAUUACCUGACAACUUAAAAAAAUGAAAUGUUCAAUACAGCUUUUUAGACUAAAUUGAACAAAAAAACCUUCAAGAAGGUUGGAAUAAAAAAACCGAUUCGAAAUGUUCAAUUCAAAAAGUUACAUGAGCUUUUGGAAGUAAGAUUACUUUUUUUAUCCAUCAUUUCUAGAAGUUUGCGAUCGAAAAAAAUAUAAUUAAACAACGAAUUUUUGUAUUUCAAAAAAAUGUCUCAAAAAAAUUUGCCAAUAAGAAUAAUAAGAAGAAGAAAUUCAUAUGAAACUACUUCCAUAAACUCACUAGUAAUGUUAAAACAUCGAAUAAUAGAAAAAAACACGAAAAAGCGAGUGGUAAUAAAUUAAAACAAAUAAAAAAACAAAUGAAAACUUCAAAUUUCGUAACUUGAAGUUUGAAAAACGCGUUGUUCGGAACAUCGUUCCAGAUGACCGAGGGGUGCACCGAGUUUUCAAAUUUUCGGUGCACCGAAAACAUCAACGCGGGGUGCACCCAAUCGCGCUGAGUCCAACGAGGGGUGCACCCCGAUGGCCGGUUCGACGCGGGGUGCACCGCAACUUUUGUUAGAGUAGCAGCUAAAGUUAGCCGCCGCAACACAUUACCUCCUCCCUUCCAAUGCGUUUUUUGCGUGCAAACUUUGAGGCGCCAUAACUCGACCAGAACCAAAAAGGAACACUUUUUUCGAAGUUUUUUUAAUUCAGGGUGUCCGAAAGUACCUAUAUACCAAGUCUCAUUAAAUUCCAAUACCUCGACCUUUUGCACUUUCCGCGUGAGAAAAAGAAAUUCAAAUUGAAACAUGUGAACUGGAACAAUCAAGACCAUUCAGGAGCCCAAAACAAGUUCUACACGAAACACAUGGCGAUGAACGCGCUGCUCUCGGCGAUCGGCUCCCUUUUCAUCGAGACGAUGCGGCUGAGCACAACCGACAGCACCGAGUACGAGUUCAUCAACUGUCACCACGAACUCAUCACCAGACGGGCUGCCAUCUCGGCCGAUAAUGGGUAUAUGGUGAGUUUAUGAGUUCUUUUGUGAUUCAAAAUCAAUUCGAGAAUGCUUAUAAAUGUCCACUUUCGGGCCUUAUUGGGGAUUCGCUCACCGAACAGAAACUAUCGUAGAAAAAAACUGAACCGAAGGAAAUUAGUAUCAUCAAAGAGGCCUACUAAACACGGCGUUUUUGUAAGUGGAAAAAAAAAAUGCAAAACCAAAAAUUAAGGGGGCGUGGUCGAAAUCUCCGCCGUUCCCAUGUGACGUCAUGGAAAAAACGCGUAAACUACAGGAAAUUUUGAAGGCGCAUCAAUGGGUCAUGAGACGAACCUAUUUCUCAUUAACAAAACGCGCUUUUUCUGUUUUUUUUUGUUUUAAAACACAUGGCGUGUGCCAGAGCGCCGCAGUGUAUGCACACGACACACUACACUUUACGGAAAAAGUAUGGGCGGGGCGUCGGCAAAAAAAAACGCCGUGUAAAUGCUGAUGAGUCAGUUAAGCAGACCAAAACACACUAGAAAGUCAGAAAAUUUGAAAGUUAAGCAGACCAAUACCUUGAAGUUAUAGAGGCACGCCUGGGCCAUUAAAAAAAGGGUCCUGAAACGAAAAUAAAAGAAAUAGUACCUGGUUAGUGGAGAGCGCAGACAGGCCACGCCCCCUCAUCGUCCCAAGUUACCCGUGAACAGAAAUAUAGAAAGCAAAAAAAUUUCCUCCGUUUUUUUAACUUUAUCAAAAUUUAGCGGCACUCAAAAGCCCAAAAUUCCAAUUUUUCUCUUAAGAUCGCUUUUGAAAUUUCGAUAAUCCUGGACUCGACAAAUAAAAAUUUUUCUAUUUGAAAAAAAAAUUUCCGGAUCCAGGUGUUAUUUUUCAAAGACUUUUCGAACAUUUAAACUUUCUGCUGGCCAUUUUUUGCGAAUCUUGUUCGACAAUAACUUUUUUCAUACAUAUCCUCUGUUUUUAAGUGUAGAUUCUGAGAAAAACGUGAAAAAAAACUGCACGAGAAAAGAUCAAAAGAGCAUUUUUUGCAGUUCUUCCAAUUCGGAACGGUCUCCUUGGAGACCUUGACGCAUCUUUUUGCCUACGGUGGCGUAAUCUCCAUGUCUAUUUUGGCGUAUUCUUCUACGUUGGUCCCCGGAAUUUGACGAAGAAUCACUGAUUUUCCAGCAAGGUGACCACAAAACGGGUGGCUUUCUGGUGCAUGUCCGUCAUUAUUAUCUUCUUCGUCUUGUUAUUUCUCUUCAACUUGGGCUUUAUGAAUCGGCUCUCGAUAAUGUCCGUGUUCGGCGCGUGUUAUGUGAGUCGAUUCACCAAGAAAGAGCGGCGGUAAAAAAUGGGUUUUCAGGUGAAAGCAGCAUCUUAUAUAGUUUUUUUUUUGUGAAUCGAACGGUGUAUAGCUGAUUCACGGCUGGUUUGAGCCAUCGAAAAAAUGGUCCUGACACGAUAAUGCAUGAGACAGCGCCUGGCUCGUGGAAAGCGCAGACAGGACACGCCCCCUAUCCCAAGCUAGCCGUGAAUCAGCUAUAUUCAAAAAAAUUACAGAUGUGACUAGUUUUGAAGAAAAACGCGAUUUUACUUUCCCGCCUUUAAUUUUGAAAAAAGCUUUGGAUCGGUAUACGGACAACUGAUUACAGUAGAUGUGCACGCGAUGUUGCGGACGUCUCAUUAGACUCGCAUUUUGUGAGAAAUAACCGGAUAUCUGCUUCAAAUCAAGGGUUGCUACUCUGUAAAAUCAUUUAGUCAAACAAAAAACACACACCGAUGGAAAAGGAAACACAAAAUAUUGCUAUCCCAAUCGAAACCGAUGUAAAAUCAUCAUUUUUCACCAAAGAAGCAUUUUUGCAAUCAAAGUUUGCAAAUUAUACAUGAAUAGAAAGCUUUUGUGACGAAAAGAACUUUGGUGACAACAGAAAAAAUUUAAAAUUGAAAGAAAUGAAGAAAAAAAGCGAAAAUCCGAAAAAAAUGGCGAUAGGUGUUAUCCAUAGAGCAACUUUACUGCAAAGCGCCCUUUUCGCGGGAACUCAAGAUUUUCUUUCUCCGACUUUGAUUAAUUUUUUCUCCAAAACUAGAAACUUCUGCACGUUUCCAAGUUCACCGUUCGAUUUGCAAUGAAAAACUCUACAAAAUACUGCUUUGUACUGAAACUCCGUUUUUUAUGCCUUUAAAAAAAUAUCAUUUUUCCAUUUUCAGACGAUACUAGUGGUGGCGAUGGUGGCCGCCAUCGAAACUGUUCCCGUUCACUUGAGGGAUUUCGCCAUGUUCACCUUUUAUUUCACUGUAACUUCUUGAGAAAAUCUCGUCUGAUGCAUUUUUUCCCAGAAAAGCAUCACAACUCUGAUCGCGGGAAUGAUGUUGAGUUAUUUCGCCAACAUUGACGUCGUCGACGCGAUCUUGGUGGUGCUUUUGGUCGUCAGCGUCACGAUUUAUUGCAUUUUCACGCCGCCGGAACUGAUGAUGGCCAUCGUGGCCCGCGACUUUGACACGAUCAAAAUGUCGAUUGAUCAGUAUGCUAACCAAGGUUUUCAAUAAUCUUGUCUUCUAGUUAAAACUUACUUAUGGCUGGCUUGAGCCAUCGGAAAAAGGGUCCUGACACGAUAAUGUACGAAACAGUGCUUGGUUCGUGGAGAGCGCAGACAGGCCACGCCCUCUUAGCGUCCUAAACUAGCCGUGAAUCAGCUAUAUCAAAGAAGAAAGCCGCAAAACAGCUGCAAAAAGGCUGCAAAAAGGCAGCAAAAAGGUUGCAGUAAGGCCGCAAAAAAAGAUAGCAAAAAGGCAGCAAAAAAGGCAGCAAAAAGGCAGCAAAAAGGUUGCAAGAAGGCCGCAAUUAAGCUGGAAAAAGGCAGCAAAAAGGCCGCAAAAAAGCUGCCAAAAAGCUGCAAACAGGCAGCAAAAAGGAUCACGCCUUCUAUUUUUAUAGGAUUUUGAAGGCUCAAGAAAUGGUGGAAAAAAAGGGGAGACAGCAAAAAGGGUGCAUAAAAGCCCAUGAAAUGGCGCAAAAAAAGCCUUUUGCCACCCUUUCCGACUUUCCUAUGAACAUAAGGAACAAAAUUUCGAGCCAUAACUUUUUUCACAGAAUGAUUGAGCAAAUUUGGGUGACCAUAUUUGGAAUCAGCAUAAAAACUUCUUUUAGGGAGCCUAGUCUCAUUCAAAAAACUCAUUUUGUAGCUGAGAACAUUCCCUAUGAGCUUCUGAAGCCAAGACGAGAAUUUAUUUCUGGAUCAGGUCCAAGAAGUUAAAAAAUGAUUGUUUUCAAACGAAAAUGGAAAAUAUUGACGAGAUCUUCCGUUUGAUCAAUAGUUUGCUUUUUUUUGGCUUGGUUUGAGCUGAAUUAUGACCUUGUUCAGGUGAAUAAGGUAAAUCUUGACUCUAUUUUUCUGGUGAUCUCUUAGGUAUAUAUUGUUGGGUCGUUUUGAACAGCCUCCUUCAGACGCCAAAAUCGACGUCGAGGCGAUAAUUGACGACGUCGUCUACCUUGGAGACGUUCCGUCUAGCCGAUUCUCAGCCGUCCUGAAUCUCCUGAAGGCCCCGGCGUUCACCUCGAAACUCUUCCUGUUGCUUUUGGUGAUGUGGGUCCUCCUUCUUUUUCUCUAUUUUUUUCUGAUUUUCGGACUCAGUUCUUAUGGACCCAAUCAAUAAAUGAAGCCCAUUGAAAUUUAACAGCCGCUUAUAAAAUCCCAAGAACCUGCGAGUUUUUUCGGACCUUUUCUUCCUUGAAAGCUAUCUAUUUGUUCCUCCAUGUAUAGCUGAUUCACGGCUGGUUUGAGCCAUCGAAAAAAGGGUCCUGACACGAAAAUGCACGAGAUAGCGCCUGGCUCGUGGAGAGCGCAGACAGGAAACGCCCCCCAAGCUAACCGUGAAUCAGCUAUAACUCCCUCAAAGUUCAGGAUAACAUCAAUGUCGGCUCUCAAAACACGAAACCAUUUUCGACAUUUGAUGCCCUACAGCAACUUUGAACUGACGGUCGUCGACUCGAUUUUCUACUCUGCCGCGUCGCUUUUGGCUCUGUACUUGAUCAGGAAGUGAGCAAGAAGUUCAAACUAUAGAGAAAAAAUAUUUAAAAAGUUCUUAGGGCUUAUUCGCUCCAUGGGAGAAAAAUUAUUCGUUUCCCGAUUUUUAUUGGAAUUAUCACUAGAAAUCAGACAAGGGACAGUUUUUGAGGGAAUAAUUGCUCUAUGGAGAAGGCUUGAACAUUUUCAUGUAUACUCGGACGUCGGAAUCUGGACGCGCUCCGGACGCUUUUAAGCAGUUCCAGGGAUCACUUAAGGGGUCUGACGCUACUAAAGUGGUCACUAGAAAUGCUCCGACAUGUCCUGUUCCCAUUACCAAGGUCCGAGGAAUUAUUGAUUAAACGAAAACCGAAUGUCCUCCAUACGCUUCUGGGCAACUCUAGGGAUCACUUAUGGGGUCUGAAACUACUAAAGUGGUCACUAGAAUUGCCUCGACGCGUUCGAUUCGCGUGAACAUGGUCCGAGGAGCUAUUGAAUAAAACGAAAACCGAAUGUCCUCCGGACGCUCCUGGGCAACUCUAGGGAUCACUUAAGGGUGCUGACGGCGCUACUAAAGUGGUCACUAGAAUUGCUUCGACGCAUCCGAUUCGUCUGACCAAGGUCCGAGGAGCUUGAGGAGUCUACUAAAGCGGUCAUUAUAUAAAAAAGAGGUUAAAAAAAAAGAUUGAAAAUGGGCAUUGAAGCUGGAUGUAGGUAAAAUGUUUUGGAAAAAGACUUCCUAGAUAUUUUUUUUUGGUUUUCACAAAGAUGCCAUCCUAUCGCCUUUUUGUGUUUUCUUCCAUUUUGAAGGCUCCAAAAGCUUAUUUCAAGCUUUUUCCGAAGUCAAAGUUUCUUCUCGAUUCAAAAUCUUUAACUCACUGUAAAAAAAAAGUGAUUGUCUUUUACAGAUGUGGCCGCCGAGGGACUCUAAUCAUCGCUCAAAUGUUCAUCCUGAUAUCCUUGACCAUGCAACGAUGUGUAAUCCUGAAAAAGGACCAGUGCCAUCAGAAAGAUCGUCCGAUUCGUGAGAUUUUUCUUGUGGGGAAUAAUGCUGACAAGGGAAGUGUUUUUGGUGGCCGGUUGAACUUUUGUUGAAACUUUGCUGGAAGGUACUAUAAGACCUCCUCUUUCUAGAACACAAAUAAAAUUUCUCGCAAUAGAUCUCGUUUUCGAGUUAUGAAGCUUCAAAGUUUGCACGCUGAAUGAGUGCUGCAAGGUAAGAGGGAAUGUGGCUCGCGUACGACCCCUCCACUCCAGUUGGCAGCGUGGUGUAGUGGCUAGCGUCCUUGCACUGCGGAGUCUAUGACCUAGGUUUGGAACUUUUUGAAGAAUUUCGUUUUUGCCAAAACUUUCCUAGGAGGAAUUUAUCGACAUUGGGGAAAUGGACCAAAACUUUUUGUCCAAAAUAACAUAGCUUCUCAUUUCACUCGAUUUACCAAGAAUUUCGACAAGCAUUUUCCUUCGGCGGCUUAUAGGCAUGAUCAAUGGAUCGCUUUCUGUUUUUUUUUUCCAAGAAGAAUCUGGAGGAGACUUACUCAUCUUUCUGUGGCGUAAGUUUUUAUUUGAUUCCUUUUAAAUUAUCAACUAGACUGAAACGCUGGUUAAAAGGCACGUAGAACUUUUUCCCCCCAAAAAGGACUAUUAAUAAUUUUUAUAAGCGGAAGAAAACAUUUUAAUCGGUAUACCGAAUCAAAAUGAGAAACUAUGUUAUUUUGGAAAGAAAUGUUUGGUCCAUUUCCCCAAUGUCGAUAAAUUCCUCCUAGGAAAGUUUAGGCAAAAACGAAAUUCUUCAAAAAGUUCUGAACCUAGGUCAUAGACUCCGCAGUGCAAGGACGCUAGCCACUAUACCACGCUGCCAACUGGAGUAGAGGGAUCGUACGCGAGCCACAUUCCCUCUUACCUUGCAGCACUCAUUCAGCGUGCAAACUUUGAAGCUUCAUAACUCGAAAACGAGAUCUAUUGCGAGAAAUUUUAUUUGUGUUCUAGAAAGAGGAGGUCUUAUAGUACCUUCCAGCAAAGUUUCAACAAAAGUUCAACCGGCCACCAAAAACACUUCCCUUGUGAGGCUUCUUGAUGGCGAGAGUCGUUUUUGGUCGGGCGCAUUGGAACAGAAGUGUCAUUUUUCUCGCAAAAACUGCUCUAAAAAUAUAUACAUAUAUAAAACUUUCGAAAUGGCUUUUCCUGCGUCUCCAAAAGGCUUGUCUGACUCUCGAUAGCAUCCUGCGCAAGUCGCUUUGUGGUCCGGCGCAAAUCGACCUUCAAAGUCCUUUGAAUACUAUUUUGCUUAUUAAAUAUUUAUUUUCUUAUCAAGGUAAUUUUUCACAUUCACACCUAAAUUUCAGCCCAACAAAUUGACCUUGCCUUUGUCCUCUACCUCACCAUUAAAAUUGGAACGAUUAUGAAGGAUUUGACUGGUUAUUUGGUGAGUCUUUUGGAUCCAACAUGACAAAUUUUCGAUUCAAGAUGAUCAUCGAACACAUUCCCGCGACUUCGAGAAUGGCCAUUUUUCCGUUUGUAAUCACACUUAUUGAACUUCUCGACGAUAUAGUCAGUGGUGGUAUCGAGGCGAGUCUUUGAAAGUUGUGAAACAAAAUUGUGAAAGAAAAAACCGCGAAAAAAGGACGAAAAAAAGCUCAAAAAAUGAAAAAAAAAAUGCUAAGACAAGUCCUUUUUCUAUUUCAAAGCAUUUUUCAUCAGUUUUAUGUCAUUUUGAUUAGUGAGCACGUCGUGAAAAACUUGAAAACUCAUAGAAGCUCUGUAGCUUAUCCGUGGAGCGCAAGAGACUCUUUUUUCCUGAGUGAUUUUUUUUUCCACUUUUCAAAUUCAUCAUUAGUUUUCUCUAUUUCAGGGUCACGGAUGGGCCCGAUCGCGGGAAUUUCAGAUAGUUCUCGUUUUACUUGGAAUGACUGCGGCACUUUUCGUCGACACCACGGAUUACAGUGCAGUUGCACCGGCCGAAAUUCCUUGUUACAAGUACUUUUUCCUGAGUAAUUUAAUAACAAAAAAUUUCACAGAAGCAAACAGGCAAACGACUUGGAUAUAGACUUCAGCCAAGAGUACAUGGAAAACAGCGAUUGA